AUGGCGCGAGAGGAUACCCUGUCGCUGCCCACCCUGAAGCUGCUGCUGGUCGGAGACAGUGCAGUGGGGAAAUCCAGUCUCCUGCUGAGAUUCACAGAAGACCAGUUUGAACCCUACCUGGAUCCAACCAUCGGUGUUGAUUUUAAAGUGAAGAAGAUGGUGGUCGGGGACCUUCCUCUGCAGUUGGCAAUAUGGGACACGGCGGGGCAGGAGCGGUUUCGAACGUUAACUCCUAGUUAUUACCGUGGUGCUCAAGGUGUAAUUUUAGUUUACGAUGUCACCAGAAGGGAGACUUUUGUGGGGCUGAAGAGCUGGCUACAGGAGCUGGAGAUGUACGCCACAAGGAAGAACGUCGUGAAGAUGCUCGUGGGCAACAAAAUUGAUAAGCCCGACCGCGAGGUGGACAGAAAGGAAGGUUUGCAGUUUGCUCGGACGCACUCCAUGCUUUUCAUAGAAGCCAGCGCUAAAAUGAAGGAGGGAGUGCAGAGUGCCUUUGAGGAGGCUGUCAUGAGGAUCCUACAGACUCCAGAACUUUGGGAUGUAAGAAGGGAAGGAGUCGAGCUGGUGGAGGAUGGAAUGCUUCAAGAAGUACCUGGCUGCGGUCCAUAUUGUUCUCUGGCUUAA